CAGAGUCUCUUCCUUCCAAGUUUCACACUGCUCUAAAUGAGUAUUCUGGUUGGACAAGUGCAGCUCUGAACAAGGAUUACUGAGAAGCAAUGAGGCAUCAGGUGUGGGAGAGGUCUGACGAGGUGUGCGUGGGCCUGUAGCGUGACCGGCACAGAGCGAAAAGAUGAGGACCAUCCUGCCUGUGUGUGGAGGCAGUGAUGCCGGGGAACCCCGCAGCCUCCGCAGCAGGGUUGGCAGGAUGAAGAGGCUGCUUUGGCUGAGGCAGAGUCAGUGCAUGGGCGUUCACAUGAACACGGAGCCUGGAGUGUGGCUAAGGAGUUUCCAGUUUUUGGACACCGAUGGACAGUGUGAAGACCCGGUUCAGGAGUGGGGCGAAGAGGAGGAGGACGGGGCAGUGUUCGGGAUCACACUACGCAGGGAACCUGUGCCGACCUCGACCAUGGGAGAGCUUCCAAUGAGCUUCGUCCAGUACCACACGGUGAAGGUGCGCAGGCUGAAGGCAGCUACCCUGGAGCGUCUGGUUACCCAUCUACUGGACCCUGAGAAAAGGGAGUCCGACUUCAUCCAAGUGUUCCUCUCCACCUACAGGGCCUUCACCUCCACCAGCACCCUCAUUGAGCUGCUGUUUCAGAGAAAUGACUCGGUCACAAACCUGGAUAACUCGGUGAACGCGAACAGUACCUUGGUCCCAGUGAUCCGGCUUUGGUUAGAGGAAUACAGCGAAGACUUCAAUGAGCCCCCUCAGUAUCAGGCUCUCCGGACUUUGUGUGUCCACAUGCAGCAUCGGCUCUGCUUCAGAUGUUUGGUUCAUCAUGCAGAGGGCCUGCUCAAGAGGCUCCAGGAACAAGAUUGCGGCCAGCCUGCGUCAGAGCACAGCAGUGAAUCACUGCAGCAGGUAGAUGAAGCCGAGAUGUCCACUAAGAAUGAAGACAAAUACAACUUUAUGGACUUCCCUGUGAGGGAAGUGGCUGAGCAGCUGACCAGACUGGACGCUGACCUGUUUGUCAAAGUGGAGCCCUUCCACUGCCUGGGCUGCGUCUGGUCCCAACGUGACAAAAAAGAAAACCGAAACCUGGCACCAACGGUCCGCGCCACCAUCUCCCAGUUUAACGCUGUCACCAACCGUGUCAUCACCUCACUCCUCUGCACAUCCCCGCACAUCCCUUCCACUUCCUCUCCUGGCUUGUCACCUUCUUUGUCCUCUAACUUCCUGUACCCCUCCUCUGCUCCGAGCUCACCUGGCAUCUUGCGCACCAGCCCUUGUCACAGAGCACGCAUCAUCGAGAGGUGGAUCGCUGUUGCACAGGAGUGCAGAGAGCUGAAGAACUUCUCUUCUUUAAGGGCCAUCCUUUCAGCCCUGCAAUCCAACGCUGUGUAUCGCCUCAAAAAGACAUGGGCUGCUGUCAGCAGGGAAAGCAUGGCCACCUUUGACCACCUUUGUGAGACUUUUCCUGAUGAGAACUGUGUGCUGACCAACAGGGAGAUCCUGGUGGAGGAUGGGACUCACCCACACAGCAGUGGCAUGCCGGCUGAUAAAUCACCCCGGCUCUGCUCGGAGUCCAGGCAGAUGAACUACAGCAGUGGUGUGGUACCAUACCUGGGCACUUACCUGACAGUCCUCACCAUGCUGGACACAGCGUUAAACGACACAGUGGACGGUGGCCUCAUAAACUUUGAGAAACGCAGACGGGAAUUUGAGAUUCUCUCUCAGAUUCGGCAGCUUCAAGCUUCUUGUUCCCACUACAGUUUUCCAGUCAACCCUCGUGUCGCCGCCUGGCUGCAGACGCACACGCUGCUCACAGACCAGGAGAGCUAUGAACUCUCUCGUGGACUGGAGCCUCCAGCUGACCUCUGCCCCAGCUCUCCCAACACAUGGAGCAGUUAUCUGCUCACAAGGAAGCUCGCCGCGUUGAGAACAUCUGUCGACACUCCCGUCAGGAAGACCCACGCUGACCAGAUCAGUGUGUCGUCUUCUGGCUCGAGCGGUUCAGACAUGGAGGACCUGUCUGUGCCUCAGCUCUCCCCCCUCAGACUCAAACUAAAGUCGUUCUCGGGCUCCCUUCACAACGUCACAGAAGGCACCUCCUCCGGGUCCUCCUCCCCAUCCCUGUCUAGAUCCUCCUGCAGCUCCUCACAUCCAGACCUCACAUCCCCCUCUCUGGUGCUAAACCCAGACCCAUCAUCCUCAUCAUCAUCCAGCUGCUCUCCUCAGGCGCUGCCUGUUUACAACAAACAGGUUGCUGACUCGUGUAUCAUCAGAGUCAGUGUGGAGUGUGUCAGCAAUGGAAACGUCUAUAAGAGCAUAGUGCUGACCAGUCAGGAGCACACACCUCAGGUGAUUCAGAGAGCUCUUGAAAAGCACAACAUGGAGGACUUCAGUUGCAGUGACUUCGGCCUCUACCAGGUGCUCAAAAACGGAAAAGAGCUCCAGAUACCCGACAAAGCCAACGUGUUUUAUGCAAUGUGUCCCACUGCCAACUAUGACUUUGUCCUGCGCCAGCGCUGGAGGAGCCACGGGAGAAAUUUUGGCUCUUCAACCAGCCCUGGAGCUCUGCCCAGGUGGCGCCGUGGAAGGUGAAAAGUAUUCGGUCUGAAUGAAAGAAUCGAAGGACACUUUUUUUUAGAGCGAGAGUGGAGCUGUUCAUCUGCACCAGCCACUUCAAGACACGUCUGUGGCUGUUUGCAUCUACUCAUCAAGAUGAGAUUGUUACUAUGCAGCAGCAGACGAGAGCAGAGAUUCCCAGACUUCGACUGAAACAUAACCCGGAGAAGUUCUCAUCGAAGCUUAAUAUUCAUCAGGAGCAGCACUGGAACAAAAGCGAUCCCGUGCUCCUUGAAAAAGUUUGAAGGAAAUAUUCAGACAUACAUAAGACUGAAUGCAAAAAAUAAUCUGAGUAACAAAAAGUGCAAUCUCACCAAGGAUUGGUGCGACGAAGAACUCUUCAGCUUUCACCGCAGGAGAUAACACAUAUCAGGAUCAGCUGGUCUUACAAAGCAGUCCUGUGUCAUGGCCCAAAAUUAACUUGCUGUGUGGCUUCUGUCUGCGACCAGUUUAGCACACAUGACACUUUUCUCUCAGCCUGUUCGGCUGCGUGAGCAACAGGGGCUGCUGUCUUUCACAAACCCGACAGAACAAAUGGAAGAACAGCGAGUCAGGAUGAUUAAAUAUGAGAUGUUCGCUCUCAGAUGAUGAGCACAGAUUCCCAAACAGAUCGAGGUUGAAUUUUACUCAUGCUGAGUGCAUUGGAUGGAGUGAAGCUCUGUUUAGACCAACACCUACUGACCCUGAUGCGGACGUGUCCGCAACAAGUAUUCAUUUGUUUUGUAGUAAAUGAUUUCAAUAUUUUAAUGUAACUUAAUGAAAUCUUGUCAUUUAAAAUUAUUUAUAGUGUUUCAGUAUUCAGCUUUUAGAGCUACGGUGAUGUAGUAAAAACGUGUCUGUAUGUUUUUUCAUGUUUUCUAGUCUUUGAUGAAGUGCUGUAGAAAUCAUGUUAACAUUUAGUUCUCAUAAGCUCAACUCAGUUUUGUAUCUGUUUGAUCAAAGAAAGCUAUUUCUCUUUUCUUUUUCUAUGUUUCUUUUUUAAAUUUGCCACGGUGAAAUGAAGGACUCUUUUUAAGUAAGAUAAUAUGCACAUUAUGUAUGUUUAUAUAGUCUGUGGCCUUGCCUGGAUUGUGGCAUUUGUUUUAAGUUUUAAUGCUUACAUGGGACAUCACACAGAUCAUUUUCCCCUACCCAAACUGUUAUUCAGGUGCCGCUUAUGGUCACUAAUGUCUGUAAUCUGGGGUAAUUAUAGACCACCAGGCCUACUAUAAUAAGUCAGUUUGCAUGCAUCGCUGUGCAUGAAAUUAAUCUGAAAAAUGGUUCUCGUAUGUGAAAAUAAGGAUGAACUAGCAUGUGAGUUAAAUUAGCAGGUUAGAGCUACUCUGUGAGGCUAAUCCUCCUGAAAACUACCAGCCAGAGUUUUUUUUAUGCAUCUAAGAUGAAAAUUGAAGUCAAGUUCAAAAAUGUUCAGUCACUGAACGACAUAAAAUAUUUUUUGUUUUGUUUUUUAGCUUUUGCUAACUUUUGCACACUGGUGGAUUGUUUUUUGCAGGAUUUUGUAUCACCCAUUCACUUUAAAGCUUCUAUGAUCGGGUUAAAAAAAAUCAAGUGAAAAGUUGGUAACAAAAGGAGUGGCAGCUGCAUGAAAUGAAGGAAAUGAAUUAGCAGGUUUUCAUCUUUGUUUGUUUUUUUGCACAUCAGAAGUUCUGUAUGAACAUUUUUUAAACACUUUAUUUCAACAGAUUCUUUAUUUAAGUUUCAUCUAAGCAUUUACUCAUAAUAACUGAUGUUAAAUGUUUAGUAAUAAAAUGAUUUUUGUCAUAGUGACACU